CGGUGAGGUGGACUCGACCGUGGGGCGACCCGCGUCCGCCGGGGAAAGCGGGGCGCCGCAUCUUGGCGGCUCCAGUGCGGGUGGUGAUGAAACAUCUUUGAUAUUGGAGUCAUCCCAGUACAAAGAAACCGGCAAUUACUACUUGGGGACGCGCGACCAGCUCCAGGCGGAGACCGUUUCACACGAGAGCGGCGUCAAAAUUUUUGUUCCACCAACGGGAUACGUGCUGCCAGCCGACUAUGGAACUGCCAGGAUCGAAAUCGACAAAGUCGAAAUAAUCUGUCAUCGCAUAAACUACAACGCGGCUGCUCAAAAAGUGACUGUAUUGCAGAGGAUGCAAGGGAGGCAGAUUAUAGUCCUGCAGCUAAGGGUCUUCAAGACGAGUUGGGCUGCUGACUAGCAUGACAAAGGGCGGGAGCUUCUUUGCCCUAGACAGCAGGACUGAUUCGCUUCCAGGACGGGGGAAAUUUGUCAUGCGCCGACUACAAACUGUGGGGCUAAGUAACUGGCAUCGAUUUUGUGAGUCACAAAUUUUUCGACUUUGUCCAUUUCGAUCCUGACACCCCCAUACCGACUUCAACGGGGAAAAGUUUGGCCUUGACACUGCAACGGGGAAAUGUCACAAGGUGAAGGACACGGGCACUUUAUCCAGUGCGAAGUAAACGUGCCCACGACGACCCCGUAUGUGUCAUUCCAUACAAAUCUGCAUGCCCAAGAUGCGUGCUAAUGCUUUUGUAAGACGAAGCAAGCUGAUUGAGGAGCAUUUUCGAAUGUUACAAGUCGGCAGGUUUUGUCGCCACAGUGUCUCGAGCAACGAGAAGCAGGAAACCGGGGAAGAGGGAGGGGCUUGCGUCCUAGGAGCCACAGCUCUGGACCUUAACGCGCCAGGCUACGGCGACGGAGGCCGAGGCGCCAAGGUUGGUGAGUGCGGCCGAGCACCCGGCCCCCGGCCGCGGGCUCUGGAACAAAGGAAAGGCCAGAGGCCGGGCGCAGAAGGAGGCCACUCGAGCAAGCUAGGGCCAAAAUGCGAAACGCAGGCGAGAAGAAACGGGCCCCGAAACCGGAAGGCCGGAAAGGCUUACGCGCCGGAAGAGCCGGCAGCGUUUCUUUGCCUUGCCGACGUUCCCGGCUUCUUCUGCUCUGCCAGCCGGCCUUCUGGGCAAGGCUUCCGAAGGCGAAAGGCCGGGGGCGAAAGGCCUGAAAGCGAAAGGCCGCACAGGCGAAAGCGCAAGGCCGAAAGGCCGAGAACCCGAACCAUCGAGAAGCCAAAAGGACGCGGGACCGAAAGGCCGGCCCGUGGAGCCCGCCGAGCGGCCGGCUUUCCGUUCUGUUGCUUGCUUGCUUGGGUUUCAUUUCCCGCCCCCCCCCCUUUUCCCGGGACGGUUCCUCUUUUCUCGGUUGCCCUUCUCCCGGACCUCCUUAUCCCUUGCUUUCGGUGCCUCGGCCGGCCGGUCGGCUUCUCGGCCGGCGGGCGUUUCGGCUUGCUUCUCGGCCGGCCCUUCGGCUUCUCGACCGGCCUUUCGGCUUCUCGGCCGGCCUUUCGGCUUCUCGGCCGGCGGGCCUUUCGGCUUUUCGGCUUCUCGGCCAGCCUUUCGGCUUCUCGGCCUUUCGGCUUCUCGGCCUUUCGGCUACUCGGCCUUUCGGCUUCUCGGUCUUUCGGCUUCUCGGCCUUUCGGCUUCUCGGCCUUUCGGCUUCUCGGCCUUUCGGCUUCUCGGCUUCCCGGCCUUUCGGCUUCCCGGCCUUUCGGCUUCCCGGCCUUUCGGCUUCUCGGCCUUGUGGCCUUUUUUCGACUCGAAUUCCCGGCCGGCCUUUUCUCGAAUUCCCGGCCUUUUUUCGAAUUCCCGGCCUUUUUUCGCAUUCCCGGCCUUUUUUCGGCUUCUCGGUCGACCUUUUUUCCGCUUCCCGGCCUUUUUUCGGCUUCCCGGCCAUUUUUCGGCUUCUCGGCCCUUCUUCGGCUUCUCGGGCAGCCGAAAUUCGGCUGCCCGGCCUUUUUCCGGCUUCUUGCCUUUUUUUCGGCUUCUCGGCCUCUCGAUCGGCUCAAAGAGAAGCCGGGAAAAGAGGAGGAGCCGGGAAAAGAAGACACCGGGAAAAGAGAAGCCGGGAAAAGAGAAACCAGGAAAAGAGCAAACCGGGAAAAGACCAAGCCGCGAAAAGAGAAGCCGGGAAAAGAAGAAACCGAAAAAAGAGAAGCCGGAAAAAGGAGAGCCGGGAAACCCAGAAAAGAGAAUGAAACCGGGAAAAGAGAAACAGAGAAAAGAGAAACCGACAAAAGAGAAACCGGGAAAAGAGAAACCCGGAAAAGAGAAACCGGGGAAAGAGAAACCGAAAAAGGAGAAACAGAAAAAAGGGAAAUCGGGAAAAGAGAAACCGGACCUCUCGGCUUCUCGGUUCGUUCUCGGUCUCCGGUUUUGCGUUGCUCGAUUCGGCUCAUUUUAUGCCUGGCCAUGGCUCAACUUGAUAUAUAAUCUGGGAGUUUGUCUUCAUGCAAUAAUCAGGACGUCGAGACGAGCGAUUUGAUGUGAUGCGCCUGCACAACUUCUCGCUAAACAACACGACAGUUGUGCGCCGCGCCCAAGAUUGUCAUGCGCCCCAGGCAAUGGCAAUACUUGUUGACUUGCACUUGUCUAGCAUAAUUUUAUUUCCCAUCUACUUGGCUCUGAAAUAGGCGACGUGGGGGCGUUCUUACUCAGGAUCCGUAUGGAUUGCAAAAAUGUCUGGGUCUGAAAGCGAUGCAACUUGUGAUGCUGUCCUUGGAUCCAAAAAAAAGCUGUAUUGCAUGACUAGCAAGAGGAGCCCAGUUUCUGCUACACGGAGAGGGCAUUUCUCACGCGAAUUAGGCACAAGGAAGCCUCCUAAAAAUCUGCGAUGCUAGGUCAUGCAUCACAGGCGUCAUGGGUCAUACAAAAUAUGCAUGACGAACCUGGGAAUCUUCCAGACCCAGACAUAUUUUCAUUUGAUAAUCCGACUACUUCCAUCGCUGCAGGAAUUCGUACACCAUCAAGUUUCGCAAAUUGACCGAAGACGACGACGAAACCGUUCGAAACAGUCAGACGAAAUGGGGCGCGCACGAACAAGUCGUACUUCUCGUAAAGCCAGAGAAAGACGACACCACUAUGACUAUCAAAUGCAAAAAUGUAGUCUGGGUCUGGAACAAAGCAACUUGUCAUGCUAAUAAAUCUGAAUCAUGUGAAAAAAAUCUGUGUUGCAUGAUUACCAAAAGCUGUCCACUUUUGACCUAAUCGAGAGGCAGUUUCUCACGCAGGAUAGACAUGAUAUUGAUAGAACUCAUCUCACAGAAUCUGUCAUGCUAUGUCCUACAUAGUACCAGACCUCAUGGGCGGCCAUGGAAAACCUGCAUGACAAGUCUGGCAUUCUUCUAGACCCAGACAUUUUUGCAGUUGAUAACCAUCUGGGGUAAAGAAAAAGCCGACUUCGCCUAUUGGAAAACGGACCUGGGGUGGGACGCAGAUGACACGAAAAAUGCCUUCUUCCAAAUGGCCUGCAACAGGUUCAGUUACAUUGACGGGAACUACAACUACGAUUCUGGCUACUCUGUGUCGGACUGGCAUAAACCUGACGCUUUGGGAUACGGGCCCGAAGGACUCGAGGACGGUUUUUGGACAGGCGAUGCUGGGGACCUCUUGCGCAUCGUUUGGUACCCGAGUGACGCCAACCCUCCAGGAGCGAUUUGGAUCAGCUCCUACAACUGCCCCGGCUGGGGGCCGCAGGCUGCUGCCGGAGGUACUUUUUUUUUAUAAAACUAUCACUGUACUAUGUUGUCUUCAUGCAAAAGUUAAAGUUGAAGUUCCUCUCUCUAUGCAUGAAGUAGCUCAAGCUUCAAAAUUGAAUUUCACACGACGCCAGCCUGGACGCCAGCCCCGACGCCAGCCUGGAGCUGGACGCCAGCCCCGACGCCAGCCUGGAGCUGGACGCCAGCCCCGACGCCAGCCUGGAGCUGGACGCCAGCCCCGACGCCAGCCUGGACGCCAGCCCCGACGCCGUGGUGGGCCACACCGACCCCCACACCUGCAACACCAGGGUGCCAGCAGCUGCUCGGGGUAA